AUGGCUGAACAAUUCUGGCAACAAACGUUUGCCGACUUGGAAACCUCCUCAUAUCCUGUGCUCCCUGAUGUGGCGUAUCACCCAUCUAUUACAAAGAUAGUUGACCAUGGAGUUGACCGAUUUGACUGCGCGACUGGCUCUGAUAGCCCAUAUACCCUGUCGACCAGAAUACAGGCGGCCUGGGCAUUGCUCCUGGCUCAGUAUGCCAAUACCCAAGAUGUGGUAUUUGGAACGAAUAUGAAUCCCUUGCGAGAAAGUCCAACCCUGCAAGAUAUCCUUCCCUUGCGAGUGCCGAUCAACUGGGAAUACGAUCUGGUGCAAUGGCUGCAGGCAAAUCAGUCCCGAGUAGCGGCGAUGCAGGGGGUCCAGCCCUAUAUGGGCCUGGAUGGAAUUCAAUCAUGUAGUUCAGAAUCGAAAGAGGCUUGCGACUUUCGAACAUCAAUUGUGAUUCGAGAUGCCGAGCCAGAAAUCUACGAGAAAAAUCAUCCUUCCUCCACCGCGAGGACCCUCCGCACAAAUUCACUAGCUCUGAUAGUCGAGUGUUUUCCAUCGAUCCCUCAUCAGAGCUUACUCCUGCGAUUCCACAUUGAUGAGGCAAUCAUAGACGAUGCACAGGCCCAAAGAAUGGGCCUCCAGCUCAGUCAUCUAAUCCGCCAGCUUUGCCACCCUGCUCUGCACCAACAGCAAAGCUCAAUUGGAGAUCUCGAUACUCUCUGCGAUGAAGAUAAAGCACUUAUUUGGAGAUGGAAUGGGUCUAGACCCAGGCUGGUCAACUGCUGCGUCACCGAUAUCUUUGCCUAUCAGGCCCGGCGACGCGGCCAUCAUCCUGCUGUUCACGCAUGGGACGGAGAGCUGAGCUAUGCCCAGCUCGACGAGAAGUCAACUCAACUGGCCGCAUGGUUGAUCAAAAAUAAAAUUGCGGGUCCGGGACUCAUCGUCCCUCUUUGUUUUGACAAGACAGUGUGGACGACUAUCACUCUCUUAGCCGUCGCAAAAACAGGAGGUAUCUUCAUCAUGCUGGACCCGCAUCAGCCUUUUGGCCGCUUGGAGGGUAUCAUGCAGCAAAUUCAAGCAACUACAAUCCUUGCACGGCAUGAUACGGCCAAGUUGGCUCGCUCACUGAGCGAAGGCACUAUUAUUGUGGAUGAGGAGCUUCUUCAACCCAACAGCGACAUCUCGCCCGCCGAGAUCCCUGUACUCUGCGGCAAGAUUGCUCCAUCGGACAAACUAUACAUCGUGUUCACGUCUGGCAGCACGGGAAUGCCUAAAGGCGUCACCAUCUCACAUGCCAACCUUUGUACUGCUGUCGGACACCAGGCGCGGGCGCUCGGCUUCGAUACUGGAGUCCGUACCUUUGACUCCUCAUCAUACAGCUUUGAUGCCUAUGUAUGCAACACCUUUCACACCAUCCUCACUGGGGGCUGUUUGUGUGUCCCGUCCGACAACGACCGAAUCAACAACUUGCAAUCAGUACUGCAGUCGAUGGAGGUCGAGUUUGUACAACUCACCCCUUCUACCUCCCGUCUUUUGGACCCACACAAGCUCCCACGCUUGCGCACUCUCAUCCUGACAGGAGAGAAGAUCAACCGCAACGUACUUGAACCUUGGCUGGAAACACGGGGUCGAGUGCGCGUCAUCAACGCUUAUGGACCAUCUGAGUGCACUAUUAUGUGCGCGGCGAACCGCAACAUCAACUGUGUUAAAGAUGCAGAGAGCGUCGGGUUUCCACUAGGCGCCAACCUUUGGAUUGCUGAUAUUCAUAAUAUUAAUCGUCUCGCACCAGUUGGCGCGGUCGGUGAGCUACUUAUUGAUGGUCCAAUCAUCGGUCAGGGGUAUUUCGGUGAUGAGCGUAAGACCCAGGACUCACUUGUCAACGUACCCGGUGGGUAUUUACCAGGCGUUGCGUUGGCCCCAGACAGCCCGAUCUUCCGUACCCGGGACUUGGCGAGGUAUAACAGAGAUGGAUCAAUCUCAUUCAUUGGCCGCGCCGACACACAGAUCAAAAUCAAUGGUCAGCGUGUGGAGGUUGGAGAGGUUGAGUAUCAUGUCGGCCAAUGUCUCCCAGAAGGAGUUAAUGCCGUUGUGGAAGCGGUGGACUGGCCAUCGGGUCAGAAACAACUGCUCGCGUUCAUUCACCUGAGACAGGACAAUGGUUUGCAGCUGGUGCAGUUGAUCAAAAAGUUGGACGAAGGACUAUCAGACCGGUUGCCUCGAUUCAUGAUCCCUUCUGCAUAUUUCCCAUUGCAUACUGUUCCAAUGACGGCGACAGGGAAGACGGAUCGUAAGAGCCUUCUGCGGAUGGCAUUAAUGGCACCGGAUCAGCUACUCAACGUGCACUCUCUGCCGGAAGCAACUGGAGCUUUGCCAGCUCAGGACGCAGACCGACCCAUGACUUCUGUCGAAAUCACACUUCAGCGCCUCUGGAACGAGGUGCUGACUAUAAACACUGACUCGCCUCUUCUACCCUGUGACAACUUCUUUGCCCGAGGAGGGGAUUCACUAGCGGCAAUGCGACUUGUUUCCGCCUUACGACGAGAAGGUUGCAGCAGCAUCAAUGUCGCAGGCAUCUUCCGUCAUCCACGCCUAUGCGAUAUGGCAAUUACAAUGGAUGAGGGUGCUGGGCAGGAACCACCAGAGGAGACGUCGAUGCCAUCAAGUCCGUUCUCCAUGUUACUGGGUGAUGCUCCGGAUGCGAAGUUGAUUGAUUUGGCUCGUGACAACAUCUCCAAGAUCUGCAAGUGCGAACCGAUUGAGAUCGAAGACGUCUUUCCGUGCUCAGCCAUUCAAGAAGAGAUGAUCGUUCUGGGAGCUCGCAAUCCGGAAGAUUUCGUCACCCAGACUGUGGUCGCUUUGCCUUCUGGAAUGGAUCUUUCUCGGUUCCAUGACGCUUGGGAGAACCUCACGCGCUCGUCUCCAAUCAUCCGGACCCGUAUUGUGGAUACAAAAAUGGCCGUAGGGGACAUUGCCGUCAAUUACGAUCAUGCCUUUUCCCAGGUUAUCCUCAGUGGCCCUAUGCAGUGGACUGAGUACUCCGACCUCGAUCAGUGUUUGCAAGCUGAGCGAGGAAACGGAAUGGGACUAGGGGAACCGUUAAUGAGACUCAGCAUUGUUGGACAGCAAAGGUCGCAGCAACAGCACCCCACGCGUCUCCAAGCGGUUUUCACCAUGCAUCAUGCUGUUUAUGACGGGUGGUCUAUGAGCCUGGUAGGUAAAACCUUAGCCCAAGAGUACUACAAUCCAGGAGACUCAAAGGUGUUAGACGAUGGCAUCCUCCCAUAUCGCAACUUUAUCCAGCAUUUGCACACUUCGGAUCCUAGUUUGGCCUCCCGUUUCUGGAUGCGCUAUUUGAAAGAUAUUCACCUGCGUCCGUUCCCCACUCUUCCGGUUCCAAACUACAGGCCGCAUGCCACAGCCCUGCAAGAGCGCAUUGUUUUUGGAAUUGAAUGGACCAAGGCCACAGGUAUUACCGCGAGCACCAUUGUGCAAGCCGCCUGGGGAAUGGUAUUGUCUAAGCAUUCUUGCGCCAGCGAGGUCGUCUUCGGAGCGACGCUUCUGGGUCGACAAAUUCCCUUAGCUGGGAUUGAGCGAGUAGUGGGACCUACCAUCGCUACAGUUCCGAUCCGAGUUGUGGUAGACUGGGAUGGACAGAGCGCUCUAGACAUCCUCCAGGGCGUGCAGAACCAGGCCGUGGAGAUGAUUCCAUUCGUCCACUACGGCAUCAAACGCAUUCGCCAGCUGGGCUACGACAUGCUGCGCGCUUGUCAGUUCCAGACCUUCCUUGUUGUCCAGCCAGUCUCUCAGUCAGAGGUCCCAUCGAUGGAGAACGCCUUGUUCAAUCUGGCUGACGGUCGAGACGACAUCCAGGCCUUCAAUACAUACGCCAUUAUGGUUGAUUGUGAGCUAGGUCGCGACGGAUUCCAUCUUCGUGCAAGCUUUGAUGAGACAGUCCUUGGGGAGGAUAAGGUUCAACAGAUGCUGAGCGAUAUGGAGCACAUCGUGAGGUCUCUCAUAACCGAGUCAGAGAAUCCUAUCAAGCUCAGGGAGAUGGGAAUCUUGUCAGAUGAGGAGCACACUCAUAUUGUCAGUUUCAAUCAGCAGGGACAGAGCUCCCAAAUGAUGGAAAUUGAGUCAUGCAUCAAGGACUCUUUACCAGAACAAAUCGUAGAUGCUGCAGUGGAUAUUUUCGAGCUCCUGGGUCUCUCAAAACAGCUUUUGGCCUACGUUUGUCUAGCACGAGGCCAAGUUGGAUCUUCCCAAUCCAACAUGGUCCUCGGCAAGUUGAUGGAACAACUUAGUGAAAAGCUACCGCCACACAUGAUACCAUCUCUAUUCCUCCCUGUUUCCAAGAUGCCGAGGUUGACCUCGGGAGAACUCGACCACGAUGAAUUGAGGCGCAUCGCAAUGCAAAGUCCCGCAGAUCAGAUAUUAAAUCGCAAUACCCUGACAUCGUUAUGGACAAGCAACAAUGAUCCUCCAAGAACCCAGCUAGAGAUUCUCUUACAAUCCCUGUGGGCUGCCACGUUAGGAGUGGAAAAGUCCAUGAUCAACAGGCACACCUCGUUCCUUGCCUUGGGUGGCGAUUCUCUCAGAGCGAUGCAGCUCGUCGCAGCUGCCCGAAAAGAAGGGUACUUACUGUCAGUUGCUAAGGUAUUGCGCACCACUCGUCUGUCAGACAUGGCUGCCAAGGCACUGGAGCCCUUAGGAGGAAUACAGUCUUUGCUUUCAGAUACUGUUGAACCUUUUUCAUUGCUUGAAAAGAACGUCAGCAAAGAAGCCCUCGCGAAGGCCUGCAAUAGUCAUCUAGACGAGAUCGAAGAUGCGUAUCCGUGCUCACCAAUUCAGGGCAUGAUGAUGGUGCAUACUGCUCGCCGCCCUGGAGAGUUCGUCUCGCAGGGCUACAUUCAUCUCCCGGCGCAUGUUGAUAUUGCCCGAUUGAAAUCAGCUUGGUUUGAGGUGAUCGCUGCGAAUCCAAUACUUCGCACACGUAUCGUGGAAUUUGCAGGACAAGGGCUGCUGCAGGUCAUCACAAAGACCCUCCCUAUUUGGGUAGAGUAUGAUACCCUGGACGAGGUGCGGCAACUGCCUGUUGGUCUGGGAGACCACCUGCUCUGGUUCGCACUGGUGAAAUCCCAGGUUGAGUCCACAACGGGGGGUCUGACUCUGCGACUCUGA